CAUCGACCCAAGCAGUGUUUAAGAUGUGAAGAAGAUUCCUUGGGUUAUAAAGAUGAAGAGUCUACUUCUCCUGGUGCUGAUUUCAAUCUGCUGGGCUGAUCAUCAUUCAGACAACUAUACUGUAGAUCAUGACAGAGUUAUUCACAUCCAAGCAGAAAAUGGCCCCCGUCUACUUGUAGAAGCAGAACAAACCAAGGUGUUCUCACACAGAGGUGGCAAUGUUACACUGCCAUGUAAAUUUUAUCGAGACCCUACAGCAUUCGGCUCAGGAACCCACAAAAUCCGAAUCAAGUGGACCAAGCUAACUUCAGAUUACCUCAAGGAAGUGGACGUUUUUGUUUCCAUGGGAUAUCACAAGAAAGCUUAUGGAGGCUACCAGGGAAGAGUGUUUCUGAAGGGAGGCAGUGAUAAUGAUGCUUCUCUGGUGAUUGCAGACCUCACCCUGGAGGAUUAUGGGAGAUAUAAGUGCGAGGUGAUUGAAGGAUUAGAAGAUGAUACUGCUGUGGUAGCAUUAGAUUUACAAGGUGUGGUGUUCCCUUACUUCCCACGGCUGGGACGCUACAAUCUCAAUUUUCACGAGGCACAGCAGGCUUGUCUGGACCAGGAUGCUGUGAUCGCCUCCUUUGACCAGCUGUACGCCGCCUGGCGGGGCGGGCUGGAUUGGUGCAACGCCGGCUGGCUCAGUGACGGGUCUGUGCAGUAUCCCAUCACGAAGCCACGAGAGCCCUGCGGAGGCCAGAACACGGUGCCCGGCGUCAGAAACUACGGGUUUUGGGAUAAAGAUAAAAGCAGAUAUGAUGUUUUCUGUUUUACAUCUAACUUCAAUGGCCGUUUUUACUACCUGAUCCACCCCACCAAGCUGACCUACGAUGAGGCGGUGCAGGCUUGUCUCAACGAUGGUGCUCAGAUUGCCAAAGUGGGCCAGAUCUUCGCUGCCUGGAAGCUUCUGGGAUACGACCGCUGCGACGCGGGCUGGCUGGCGGACGGCAGCGUCCGCUACCCCAUCGCUCGGCCCAGGAGGCGCUGCAGCCCUACGGAGGCUGCCGUGCGCUUCGCGGGUUUCCCAGAUAAAAAGCAUAAGCUCUAUGGUGUCUACUGCUUCAGAGCGUACAACUGAGCGUGCCCCUAGAGCACGUCAGCGUUAAGGUCAUUACGAACAUGCGAAAGGCGGUUUUUUUCAAUACGAACUCCUGCAAGUUACCAAAACUGUGAUAACCCUUUUUUACUUACUGUAAAGAGUCAUUUUCAUAAAGACCAAUUCAUUAAUUUUUUUGUAAAGCUAUCAUUCAAUAUAUAUUAUAAAUUAAUAUAAUUUUGAGGGAAGCGCUCUACACGGAGGCUUUAGAGGCAGACUGUUUCGGCUACACCAUCCCAGCGAAGUACCCUUUCCUGAACGGGCACCUGAGGGCCUGAGCGAGGGGAAGCGCGGCUGCGCCGAGCAGCAGCUCCCACAAGCACAAAUUUUUCACAUUUGUACAAUUUUGAAAUGCACUACAAUCAGCAAAUUAGAGCCCCAGAUUUGAAACACAGGCUUCUUUACGUAAACCGAGAUUCUGAGACGUUGCACAAAACUCCGUUACACACGGAAACGAUCUACACUUUUCUAAAAGGUAUCCUUUCACGUCUCCAACACACAGAAUGUUUUACUCUUACAAGUCCUGCCUUUUGACCAAAAAUAAAUAAAUAAAUUCAAAUGGACUCCAGUGCGUAUUAACAAGCACAGUUAAAACUUCUUAAUAACCCCGUUUAUCUGAAGUACGAAACAUAAAUAAGCAGAUAAUAUUUAACCAAUGAGAGACUCCUACCUUCUUUUAAUUAAAGUUACACAUACCUGAGAAGAAUGGUUAAAUCUUUUGAGUAGCUUUACUGAGUUAUAUUUAAAUUCUAAGGGCCGUUUGCUAAGCAGCAUUAGCAUCUACUCAGGGCAGUUAUAUAGAUAAACUGCUGGACAGAAAAAAAUUGUAAAAUUUAGCAGCUUGACUUUAUGUUAGCCUAUGAAAUAUUAUUGUCCUAUAAAAAUAACUUUAAACUAUUUAAGAUUUCCUUAUUUACCUUACACACACAAAAAAUUUUAAUCACAAAAACAAUGUAUAACGCUUGCCUAAACAAGAAAUACGGACCCAACUUUCAAAAUUCUUAGUAUUCUUAUCUGUAUGUUUUCUAGAAAGCCCAGCUGGUGCCUGUGGGGGAAAGUGAACAAGGAGUUCUAAAGCUUCCUCGUACAGGAAAUGUGGUCAAUGAUGUCACUUUCCUUGCUGGUCAUCAUUAGGUUUAAAUGAAAUCGGAAGCUCUCAUCAAAGAGUUUACACUAAAAUCUUCAAGGCUUUAAGUGAAAGGAGGAAGGCCAGCUUCGAAAAACAACUUUAGACAGUAGCAGCUCCAAUAUUCAAUAAAGCUCUGUUUUCCUACAUUUUUAUGACUGUUGAGACCCCGCAGGGACCAAUAUUUGUAUUCAAAUUACAUUUCGUGGUUUCCCAUUGUUUCACAAUGAAUUCUAAUAAAUGGGAUUUAGUAUAAUAAUCCAAGUAUGACGUAACUGGGAUGCUUUCAUGAAUGUUUUUGUGUAGAUUUUCCUCCCAUGAACAUGAGUAAAUAAAUCUGUUUCCUGAA